GCCGCCGGGCUCCCGCUCGGAUGCCGCUGCCGGCCGCCGCCUGCGAUGGUCCACGCCGGGCCGGCCGCGCGCGCGCCCUCUCGCGCGAUGUUCGCCGCCGCUGAGACCAAACCGCGCCGCGCCGUCUCGCCGCUCGGUAUCCCCAAGUCGCCCUCGUUCCACUCGGGACUCGACCUAGUCGCUAGCCAAGCGGCCACGAAGCGAUCCGAGAGCGUCUCGGACGUCGCCAGAGCUUUCCGCUUCGCGCUGCUCGCCGGCGCCGGCAUGGAGGGCCAGGGCCCGCCGCAGAAGGCGCCGUCGCCGCCGGACGCGCGCAGCUCGCCGCUCCCCGCCGCCGCCGCCGCUUCGCCCGAACGCCCCGUACAGAUCCCAACAGAUAAAGAGAGUUUAAUGGUGCAGCUGCCCCUGCUCAAAGAUGCACCGGCAGCGGAGCGUGAGCAGUUGUUCGUACAGAAGCUGCGCCAGUGCUGCCUACUGUUCGACUUCGCGGACGAGCCGCUGUCCGACCUCAAAUGGAAGGAGGUGAAGCGAGCCGCGCUGCUGGAGAUGGUCGAAUACGUCACCUCGCAGCGCGGCGUCAUCACAGAGGCGAUAUACCCGGAGGCUGUGAAUAUGGUAAGUAGAUAUACUUUCCCGCUGUCCGACCUCAAAUGGAAGGAGGUGAAGCGGACCGCGCUGCUGGAGAUGGUCGAAUACGUCACCUCGCAGCGCGGCGUCAUCACAGAGGCGAUAUACCCGGAGGCUGUGAAUAUGGUAAGUAGAUAG